UUUUCAUUUUUUUAAAAACAAAAUCAUGUCUCGACCGCUCGGCGCGCUCGUCAACAACACCGAGCACGACGAAGACACCAAGCGACCGCUGCUCGGCGGCGCACGACGUGCUGGCAGCAGGCUUCGUUGCUUUGCCCUGGGCGCGGUGGCACUGCAGGCCGCUCUGGUGAUUACCACGCUGAUUGUCGUCCUGCUCAACUACCACAAGCUGCAAAACCUGUCCCUCAACGGCGACAGCAACCCAGCAGGCUACAAGGACCCCCGGCGGUGCUCCACUGUCAUUGUCGGAGGCGGCAUUGGCGGCCUCUACAUGGCCGACCAGCUCGCGCGCUCGGGCAAGGAGCCGUCCGUCUGCCUGGUCGAGCGCGAAGCGUGGCUUGGUGGUCGCAUUCUUGACAAGGUGUUCUCGCAAGUCCCGACAGCCGUCGCUGGCAUGGGCGCGUGGCGAUUCAAUGAAAACCAUGCCAACGUCAAAGCCUUGGCGGAUCGAUUCUCUGUGCCAUACGAGCUGUGGAACUUUGCAGCAGAGAACAAGAUGGAGGCCCGCGGGAUUUUCACCAACUCGACCGACUAUCUGCGCAAGAUGGCCUUCCCGGUGUUUGCCGCCCACCCGAUGCUGGGCAACAUGUCCGACAGCGACUUGUGGUCGUACGUCACCUCGCCAACUCUGAUCCAGAACGCCUCGGUGUACCCGGACUUUGGCAGCUACCUUCGCGACAAGCUUUCGCCCGAAGGCUGGCAGUACCUGCAGUCGGUGCGCGCGUACGAGGGCGAUCUGUUUGAGGUGGACGCCGACUCGUAUGUGGAAUUCUCACAGCUGGAAGAUCAGGACGGCCCCAAUCAGUACCGCCCGCUUGAAGGCAUGUCCGCACUCGUGCGCGCGCUCACCGCGUCUUGCGACAGCGCUGGCGUGCGCAUCUACCUGAACGAGCCCGCUCGAUCGAUUGGUCGCACCGAAAAGCACACAUUCAUCGUGCAGACCGACAUGUACUACAUUGAAACCGACAAGCUUGUCAUCAACCUGCCUCCGCUCGCGCUCGCCAAGGUGGAGGGCUCGAUUGUCGAGCAAAUCACGCAGCAGCUGGCCUACCAAUCCAUUCUGCCCGAAGUCGCCAUGAAGGGCGUCGCGCUGUAUGCCGAGGCCUGGUGGGAAAAGCUGCCAGAGGGUGUCGCCAUUGUCGAUCUGCAGCGCUACGUGACCCACUCCGAGUGCCUCACCACCACGCUUCCCUACACUGGCCGUGGCCCCAACGGCGAGGCUGUUCUGCACACCAUCUACGCCGAUGGGCCGUGUGGGACGCACUGGCAACGCAUCGUUUACGAGUCCAAGUCGUCGCUGGACGCGGCCGUCAAGCGUCAGCUCAGCUACAUCUUCCCUGGCGCGCAAGUCCCGGACUCGAUGGCCUCCGAGUACGCUCUCUGGGACGAGGGCGCAUGGCACUUCCAAAAGCCGCUCACGGGCUUCAACCUCACCAACAUUGAGGACUGGGCCUCCCAGCCAAUCGACAACCUGCCCGUCUAUCUUGUGGGCGAGGCCUACAAUCGUCGUCGAACCUGGUCUGAGGGUGCACUUCGCUCUGCCAAGGAUGUUCUUGCACGCCGCUGGAACAUUACGUCCGAGUAUAAUUAACACAAUGGCAGCACGGUGCGCUUUGUCGGUGCGCUCUGUCGGUGUGCUUUGUUGUGCGUGUUUUGAGUGUGUGUUUGUUUUGGUUGUUAUUUCAGUUUUUGCGCUUUCUUUGUUUUGUCGCUGUCGCUGUCGCUGUUGCGUUUCACCAUCUAUUCUUUCCAAGAGAGUUGGCAAGAUUUAUCCGCUUCCUUUUUUUCGCAG